AUGGGAGAAGACAGUAGUGAUGACAAGGAGUAUGACACUCACCAGCUCCUAGACACGGAUAUGGCAAGUCCAACGAACGGGAGUAGCGGCGCUGUCAACUCUGAUGAAGAUGUUGCUGAAAGUGAGCCAGGAGAACCCGUGACUCAAGACGAGAAUGGACAAUCUUACGUCCAAGAGGAAGACAUGCAAGUUGGACAAUAUAGCAAAAAUCGCACUGACAAGGAUGUUCUGGUUGCACAGUUGCUGUGCAGAUGGUGGUACGUCCUGCCUGACUGGCCGCCUAAGGACUAUAACUACCACGAGCAACUGCAAAAGAACAUGCUGAAGUGCUACCCUGUAAAGGAGUUCGAAGAUCGUGAAAAUGUUGAUUCGAACGGUUACAGAAAGUGCUAUCAGUUAUCUGCAUUCCCUGGUGUGUUCAGAGACUUCAAGGGUGUGGCUUAUGACCUGCGUCCACUUGAAGGCAAGCCGUGCUACAAUAACAUGAUACAAAAAAGCGAAUCUGAACUUAAGUCGCUAAUUAAAAAGGCCAUUAAAAACCAAAUAGCGAAAUUGUCGUCAUCGCCGCAUGAUGAAGCUGCUCUCAUUAAGAGUUUGAAAGAGGAACUUACGGCACUGGGUUAG